UUAAUAUUGUUUAUUCAAGCUUUCUUUUUUAUAUAUCAAUCUUACAAGAAAUUUGUCCACUUGGCGGCGGUCACUGGGCAGAUCGGACUCCUCUCGUUCGCGCACCUCGCUCAGCUUCCUCUGCAACCAUGUCUGACAAACCCAAUAUGGCUGAGGUUGAGAAAUUCGCUAAGUCAAAACUGAAGAGGACAGAAACGCAAGAGAAAAAUCCACUGCCUUCAAAAGAAACGAUUGAACAGAAGCAAGCAGGCGAAUCGUAAUGAGGCACGCGCCGCCCAUAUGCACUGUACAUUCCCCAAGCAUUGCCUUCGUGUUUUACUUCCUGUAGCUGUUUACCUUUGCAAGAUGCAAAGAGGUUGGAUCAGUUUAAGUGACUGUGCUGCCCCUUUCACAUCAGAACUACUGACAACAAAGGCCGCACCUGCCGCUCCCCUCUGCCUGGCUGGCUGGCGGGGAAGGGGGAGAACUUGCAUGUUGGUGAAGGAAUGAGCUGGGUGAAAGGAGGGUGAAAUCUAGAGUAAAAACCAAGCUGGUCCGAGGUGUCCUGCUGCUGUAAAAUGCAGUUUAAUCAGAGU